AUGACUUCGAGCGACGGAAAGUCGGCACCGGCACAGGAACCGCCAGGAACGCCUCCUCCUCCACCCUACUCCCCCGUAACGCCGGGGAUAUCGCAAUCCUCGCGAGCAACUCCCGCCACUGAGUCGAUAGUUCCGUCCCCUUUACCGCCAGCUGCUUACCCAACUGUCAGCGAAAAUACCUUGGAAUCUACUAUUCCCUCUGUCGUUGACCGUACUAGAUCGACUAAGACUAAGAAUGGCACGAUGCCGACUCCAACACCACCGCAAUUCAUAAAAGAGCCUGCACCGGUCCCGAUAUCCGAGAGCGAGAACCCAGAUGCCAUCGCUCUUCGAUCUGCCAUAACUAUUCUUCAGAUACAGAAGCAGCAGGCCCUACGAGAUAUUCAGGCACUGGCAAAGAUGAAACAGGCGGCUACUGAAGAUCCCCAUGCCUUUGCCAACGAGUUCUUAGCUGGCUCUCUACAAUCAGAACAGGGCGACCUCUUUCGCCCGUCCCCCCUACAGGAGGACGAACCUGAAUAUGGGGCGGAAAGCGGGCCAGAGGCCAUGGAUGUUGACCAAGAGAAGCGGACACAGCAAGACAAUAAUUCUGGCGGGAAUCAAACCGGACGGCUUGGUGAACCGCUGGACAGGAUGCACGAAGAGCAGAGACUGAGACCUACUCUCGGCGAGCCACGACAUGAUAUUACUCCGACAUCGAUAUCUGCGUUAAGAAGUCCUGAACACACUCUAGCAGCGCCAUAUCGGCCCUUUGUGGAUAAAAUUGAACCACGUGCGAAGGCUAGAAACGCGGGCAAAUGA